AUGGGCACGCCUUCCUUACUGGGUCUCCCCCAAGAACUUCGCGAUAUAAUCCUAGACUUGGUCCUCUUCACGGAACGCGCUCCGCCACAGGACGAGGCCACGGCGUUAGAGGGCCGGGUGAAUCGGCAUGAUUGUACCGAUUCCGAGUACGAACGCUGGACGAACAGGGUUCUGCAUGAGGAUCUGGAGGACGCCACCGCCAGCGGUCCACUUCUUCGUGUCAACCGCAAGCUUGCAGCGGACACGAGACGCGCGCUGGCCCGUCCCCGCAAGAACAAGGCAGAUCUUCUGAGACAACCGUACAUUCUUGAUAUCCUUGCUGUCUCUGGACGGCGCCUGUUACCGACAUGGCUGUUCGCGCCAGCCCUUGUGCUGAAUUGCACGACUGUUUUGGCUGAAAUUCGGCCUAGAAUUAAGGACAUGACUUUACGAGACAGGUAUCUGGAGGAUUUUGCGGAUCGCAAGAGAGAGGCACUGCUUAGAAGAUAUGAGGCUGGAUUGGACCCGGAUGUUCCGAGUGACGAGAACGCUCCCCGUCAGGACAUGACGGAAUGGGAGAACGAUUCUCGAAAAGGGGAAGUGGAAGCACAGAAAACAGAUGAAGUUGAGGAUGUGUCGGAAUCAUGUGACAGAACACGAGGAAGGUACCCCCGCAAGCGAGACUGCAGACUACCCAGUUUUGCCAGUGCUGAUAACGUAAUUCUCGUUGAAUAA